AUGGAGCCCGGCCGCGAGCCUACCGGCACGAUCGUGUUCGCCUCCGUCGGGGUCACCAGCUUCGGCUUCGACGUCUUCUCCGUCGCCGCCCCGCAGACUCCCGAGAGCGCAUCCGCCGCGGGGCUGGCGGAGCGCCGCCACACGGACGGCGUGUCCGUCAACUUCAACGCCCAGUUCAAGGACGACGGCGGCGAGGAGGUGGCGUUCGUGUCCGAGCGCACCGGCUCGGCGGGCCUGUUCCUGUGCCGCCCCGGGUCCGAGCGCGCCGUGCCGCUGCCGGCCGUGGAGGGGAGCCUGUUCCACGACCGCCCCACCGUGAGGGGCGGCCGGCUGUACUUCGUCUCCGCGCACGAGAAGCCGGAUGGGUGGUUCAGGAGCUGGGCGGCGGUGUACACGACGGACCUUGGCAGCGAGGAGACGGUGCGGGUGACGCCUCGGGGCGUGGCGGACAUGAGCCCCGCAGUGUCCGCGUCCGGCGAGCUCCUCGCCGUCGCCUCGUACGGCGAGAGGCCGUGGGCGUUCGACUUCCACGUGCUCGAGACGGAGGUCGCCGUCUUCCGUGCCGCCGAUCCCGCCCGCCGCGUCGUCCUCGCUGCUCGGAGCGGCUGGCCGACCUGGCACGGGGAGGGCACGGUGUUCUUCCACCGCGUCGCCGAUGACGGCUGGUGGAGCGUCUUCCGGGUGGACAUCUCGCCGGAGACCCUCGAGCCCUGCAGCGCCGAGAUGCGCGUGACGCCUCCGGGCGUGCACUGCUUCACCCCUGCCGCAGCGGGCCGUGGCUGCCGUUGGAUUGCAGUGGCGACGCGGCGGAAGGGGCGGGCGCACCGCCACAUCGAGCUGUUCGACCUUGAGACGGAGCAAUUCACCUCGGUUACCUCUCUCCUUAACCCGGAGCUGCACCAUUACAACCCCUUCUUCUCGCCGUCCGGCGAGCGCCUCGGGUACCACCGCUUCCGCGGCGCGGGCGCGCCGGGCGACUCGCUGAUUCCCUACUGGCAGCCGGUGCGCAGCCCGGUGAGCUCCAUCCGCAUGCUCCGCGUGCACGGCUCCUUCCCGUCCUUCUCGCCGGACGCGAAGUACUUCGCCCUCAACGGCGACUUCUUCAAGUCGCCCGGAGUGACCAUCCUCCGCGCCGACGGCUCCAAGCGAUGGGUGCUCGCCAAGCAGCCCAACCUGUUCUACACCUCGUGGAGCCCCACCGAGAGCGGGGUCGUGUUCACCUCCGCUGGCCCGAUCUUUGAGACCCCGAAAGCGACGGUCCGGGUGGCGCGCAUCGAGUUCGACCCGAGCGAGCUCACCGACGACCGCGGCGACGUCUACGUGGCCGUGAAGGAGCUGACCCGUCCGGAGGCCGGCAACGACGCGUUCCCGGCGGUGUCGCCGUGCGGGCGGUGGGUGGUGUUCCGGUCCGGCCGGUCGGGCCACAAGAACCUCUACAUCGUCGACGCGGCGCGCGGGGAGGAGACCAUACGGAGGGUCACCGAGGGCGAGUGGAUCGACACGAUGCCGAGCUGGUCGCCGGACGGGGAGCUGAUCGCGUUCUCCUCCAACCGGCACGAGCCGGCCAACGCCGCCGUGUUCAGCAUCUACCUGGUGCGGCCGGACGGGACAGGGCUGCGGCGGGUGCACGUGGCCGGGCCGCCGGGGAGUGCGGAGGCGGACAAGGAGCGGAUCAACCACGUGUGCUUCAGCCCGGACGGCGAGUGGCUGCUCUUCACGGCGAACCUCGGCGGCGUCGUGGCCGAGCCCAUCUCGGGGCCGAACCAGUUCCAGCCGUACGGCGACCUGUACGUGUGCCGGCUCGACGGGUCCGGUGUGCGCAGGCUCACCUGCAACGCCUACGAGAACGGCACGCCGACGUGGGGCCCGGCGCUGGGCGUGGAGUCGCUGUCGCUGGGCGCCCCCGCCGCGGACGAUUCGCUGGGCGAGUUCGACGAGCCGCUGUGGCUGUCCUGCGACGUGUGA